UAAAAAUUUUGUUCCUUAACAAUUUAUUUAUUUUCUCGUUUUUAUAUUGAUCUAUCAAAAUGGAAGAAAGUCAAACAACAAAUAAAGAACUUAUUCACAUAUCAGAUGAUCAAGAAAAAAUUUCUUCAAAACCAAAACAAGAAAUUUUAGAUGAAGAUUCAUAUACGGAAGCUUUAAGUGAAAUCAUAAAGAGGGAUUUCUUUCCUUCCCUUUUAACUCUUGAGGCGCAAAAUGAUUAUGUAGAUGCUUGGAAUACAAAUAAUCCUGAACUUAUUAAGGAAGCUACUCGUAAAUUAACCGAGUUAACGACUCCUACAUUGAAAACACCUGUUCAAACGCCGUCAACUGUAAUUGGGAUACAUGGAGAAUGGGAUACACCAAUAUCAACUAGUAGUAGAUCUGGUGAAUUUAAAAAGCCAUUACCGAAAAAAUAUAAUAUUAAUAUGUCCUUAGAUUCAUUUCAAUCAAAGUACACUAGCGAAGAUAAUGCUUCAUAUCCUUGCAAUAUAUUAUUAUUUGCAUCUUUUUUAUUUUAUAUCAUUUUAAAAUUAAUGAAAAAAGCUAGUGAACAACAAAGGGAGAAACAUAAGUGGAUGUAUGAAAAAGAAGAUCAAGAGGAUAAUAAGGGUGAGAUAAAAUUGAUUGAAGGACCUGAUCAGCCUAGAAUUGCCGGAAUUGCGUCAUGGAAAUAUAAGGUUCGCAACUCUCUUAUGUUUUAUCCCGAAGGCCAUGAUAAAGGAACUGUUGAGGAAAAUACACGAUGUGCUCCUAAAAAAAUCGUUCAUAGUGCCACAAGGUUUGAGUCUGCUGAAGAAGCGACAAUAGCAAAUCAUGCGGCAGCGACUGCAGCAGCAGCUGCUGCUAGUGGUAUCGAUUUGGAUAGUAGCAGUAAUGCGUCUGAAACUCCCACAGUUGGCGGUUACAGUUUUGUAACUGCUACACCUUCCCCAAACCCUUCACAAAUUGACAGUUCAGAACUAAUGACUUGGGGUAUGAUAGAGGGUACUCCGUUGUUGAUUGGGGGAGAAACACCAGGACGUUCUUUUCAAUUACCACCUACACAACGCAGAGAAAUUAUUGGAAUGAAUCUUUCAAAUAAUGCCUCACGUAAUAUACGCAAACGAAAUCUAUCUAUGAAAUCGCCAAAUCCAUACGUUACUCAAAGUCCAACGUCAAAAAUAGCUAGUCCAAGGGAACGUGCUUCAUAUUUAUCACCAGCUGCAAGAAAAUUACUGCGCAAGUCGAAUUUACCAAAAUCAGUUGGUGUUGAUGUCCAAUUAAGAGCUUCUUAUGCUGCAUCACCAAGGAAUAGGGCGUUAGUAACACCGUCUAAGCUAGUAACACCCACAUUCAAUUCAUUUCCGGACAAAUAUGAUGUAACGCCUAAAGUUAAAACUGAAGAACCUUCAAUAAAAGACAAAUAAUAAUAGUGAUUAUAAUUCAUCAAAUAUCCCAACUAAAAAUUAUGUAAUAAGAAUAAAAAAAUUUUUUGGAUCAUUAUUAAAUUUUUUUUUU